CACAUAAUCCCGUCCUCAAACCGUCAACGCCCACAGCAUUCCCUUCUUCCUCUGGGAGCUCCUGGGAUUCUUACACUCUUUAAACGGAUUCUCGCGCUGUCUUUAAUUUGCUGGUAUUGAGCACGGUUUCGGGUAGCGGGCGCCCCUCGCGCAAAUACUGUCAAGAUGGGUAGCAAAUUGCCUAUCAAGUUCACGGAGCUGCUCCAAUUGACCAGCAUUGGUGUUGAUCAAUCAUCAAUUGGAUUCAACUCAUGUACACUCGAAUCAGAUUCCUUUAUCUGCGUUCGUGAGAAGAAGGAUGAGACCGCAUCACCCGAAGUCAUCAUCGUCGAUCUCAAAAACAAUAACAAUGUAAUAAGACGACCCAUCAAGGCGGAUAGUGCUAUCAUGCACUGGAACAAGCAAGUCAUCGCGCUCAAGGCACAAUCGAGAACCCUCCAGAUCUUCGACCUCGCCCAGAAGGCGAAGCUGAAGUCGACUACAAUGAACGAGGAUGUCGUAUUCUGGAAAUGGUUCAGCGAGACGAGCUUGGGUUUAGUGACCGACACCACAGUUUACCACUGGGACGUGUUCGACCCAAACCAACCAGCUCCCGUGGAGGUUUUUAAGAGGAAUCAGAACUUGGUGGGAUGCCAAAUCAUCAACUACCGUGUGAGCGAGGAUGGUAAAUGGAUGGUGGUAAUUGGUAUUUCACAACAACAAGGACGAGUGGUGGGCGCGAUGCAGCUCUAUUCACGCGAUCGAGGCAUCAGCCAGGCAAUUGAAGGGCAUGCUGCUUCCUUCGGUACCUUGCGACUUGAAGGUGCUCCGACAGACACAAAGGUAUUUACUUUUGCUGUUCGUACCGCAACAGGCGCCAAGCUCCAUAUUGUCGAGGUCGACCACCAAGCUUCGAAUCCGGUAUUCGCAAAGAAGGCAGUUGAUGUCUAUUUCCCUGCUGAGGCAGUUAACGACUUCCCUGUCGCGAUGCAAGUUUCUCAGAAAUACAGCAUCAUUUACCUCGUCACAAAAUACGGGUUCAUCCACCUGUACGAUCUGGAGAGCGGUACUUGCAUAUUCAUGAACCGCAUCUCGAGCGAAACCAUCUUCAUUACUGCGCCGGAUUCUGAAUCUGCGGGUAUUCUAGGUGUCAAUCGCAAAGGACAAGUGCUGUCGGUUGCUGUUGACGAGACCACCAUCAUCCCAUAUCUCCUUCAGAACCCCGCAAACUCUGGUUUGGCGGUCAAGCUUGCUUCUAGAGCUGGUUUGCCUGGUGCAGACAACCUUUACGCCAAUCAGUUUGAUCAACUUCUGAAUGCAGGCAACUACGUAGAGGCUGCCAAGAUUGCGGCCAACUCGCCUCGGGGUUUCCUCCGCACUCCUCAGACUAUUGAGAGAUUUAAGGCUCUCCCAGCGGCCCCGGGUCAAUUGUCUGUCAUCCUUCAGUACUUUGGCAUGCUCCUUGACAAGGGAUCUCUCAACAAGCAUGAGACCCUAGAGCUGGUCCGACCUGUCCUUGCCCAAAACCGCAAGCAUCUUCUUGAAAAAUGGUUGAAGGAGAACAAGCUCGACUGUUCUGAGGAAUUAGGUGAUAUUGUUCGACCACACGAUCUAAACCUUGCACUCAGCAUUUACCUGCGCGCAAAUGUUCCCGCGAAGGUUGUUGCAGCCUUCGCCGAAACAGGCCAAUUUGAAAAGAUCUUGCCAUAUGCAACACAAGUCGGCUACCAACCAGACUAUGUCGUAUUACUCCAAAACAUCGUCCGCAUUAACCCCGAGAAGGGUGCUGAAUUUGCGACACAACUUGCCAAUAGCGAAGGCGGUUCGUUAAUCGAUAUCGAUCGAGUUGUUGAUGUUUUCCAGUCUCAAGGCAUGGUUCAGCCUGCCACUGCUUUCCUGCUUGAUGCUCUGAAGGAUAAUAAGCCCGAGCAAGGCCACUUGCAGACUCGUCUUCUUGAGAUGAACCUCAUCAACGCUCCUCAAGUCGCCGAUGCCAUUCUUGGAAAUGACAUGUUUUCCCACUACGAUCGCCCGCGUAUUGCUCAGUUGUGUGAACAAGCCGGUCUCCCUCAACGAGCACUAGAACACUACACCGAUGCAGAAUCCAUCAAGCGAGUAAUCGUCAAUAUUGUGGCAACCCCCACAUUCAGUCAGGACUGGCUUACCAACUUCUUUGGCCGUCUGUCUCUCGAGCAAUCUUUAGACUGUCUGGAUGCCAUGUUAAGAACAAACAUUCGACAAAACCUUGCAGCUGUCGUGCAAAUCGCUACGAAGUACUCGGAUCUGCUAGGACCCACUAGACUGAUUGACCUCUUUGAGAAGUACAAGACCGCUGAAGGUCUCUUUUACUACCUUGGAAGCAUUGUCAAUCUCAGUGAAGAUCCGGAUGUCAACUUCAAGUAUAUCGAGGCUGCUACCAAGAUGGGUCAGUUCACAGAAGUGGAACGAAUCUGCCGAGACAGCAAUCACUACAACCCCGAGAAGGUCAAGAACUUCUUGAAAGAGGCCAAACUUACCGAGCUAUUGCCCCUUAUUAUUGUUUGUGAUCGGUUCAACUUUAUUCACGACCUAGUUCUCUACCUUUACCAGAACCAGCAGUUCAAGUCAAUCGAGAUCUAUGUUCAGCGUGUCAAUCCCGCUCGGACACCAUCUGUGAUCGGUGGCUUGCUCGAUGUUGACUGUGAUGAGUCAAUCAUCAAGGGUCUCCUCACAACAGUCAACCCUGCAUCUAUUCCAAUUGAUGAGCUCGUCAGCGAGGUUGAAUCGAGAAACCGCUUGAAGCUUCUGUUGCCGUUCCUCGAGGCAACUUUGGCUGCUGGAAACCAACAACAGGCUGUCUACAAUGCCCUCGCGAAGAUCUACAUUGACAGCAACAACAAUCCAGAGAAGUUCCUCAAGGAGAACGACCAAUAUGAUCCUCUGACUAUUGGAAAGUACUGCGAGAAGCGUGAUCCAAACCUUGCGUAUAUUGCCUACCGGAAGGGCCAGAACGACCUUGAGCUUGUCAACAUCACCAAUGAGAACUCUAUGUACAAGCAUCAGGCUAGAUACCUCCUUGAGAGAGCUGAUGAGGAGCUAUGGGCAUUUGUUCUCAGCCCCAAUAACAUCCACCGCCGUUCUGUCAUCGAUCAGGUUAUCUCCACCGCUGUUCCAGAAUCUACGGAACCUGAAAAGGUCUCUGUCGCAGUUGCCUCAUUCUUGAAGGCAGAUCUGCCGGCCGAACUGAUUGAGUUGUUGGAAAAGAUUGUUCUUGAGCCAUCCCCAUUCAGUGACAAUGAGAGUCUUCAGAACCUCCUCAUCCUUACUGCCACCAAGGCCGACAAGGGACGAGUUAUGGAUUACAUCCACAGACUCGACGCCUACAAUGCACCAGAUGUUGCCAACAUCUGUAUUGAUGUUGGUCUGUUCGAAGAGGCUUUCGAGGUUUACAAGAAGAUUAACGAUCAUUUGAGUGCUGUCAGCGUUCUCGUCGAGCACAUUGUUAGUAUUGACCGGGCACAAGACUACGCCGAGCGGGUCGAAAUUCCAGAGGUUUGGAGCAGAGUUGCUAAGGCUCAAUUGGACGGUCUUCGUGUUAGCGACUCUAUUGCAUCCUACAUCCGUGCUGAGGACCCAAGCAACUACAAUGAAGUGAUCGAGAUCGCCACCCAUGCGGGUAAGGAUGAAGACCUCAUCAAGUACCUACGUAUGGCAAGAAAGACUCUCCGGGAACCUGCAAUCGACACCGCCUUAGCCUUUGCUUAUGCUCGUACCGAACAACUGAGCGAAUUGGAAGACUUCCUCCGAGGCACCAACGUUGCCGACGUCGAGCAGUCGGGUGACAAAGCUUAUGCUGAGGGAUACCACCAGGCGGCUAAGAUCUUCUUUACCAGCAUCUCCAACUGGGCCAAACUGGCAACUACCUUGGUUCAUCUCGAAGACUACCAGGCUGCCGUCGAGUGUGCACGCAAGGCGAGCAACAUCAAGGUCUGGAAGCAAGUCAAUGCUGCUUGCGUCGAGAAGAAGGAAUUCAGACUUGCUCAAAUCUGUGGUUUGAACUUGAUUGUUGACGCCGAGGAGUUGCAAGAUCUCGUGAAGCAAUAUGAGCGUAACGGUUAUUUCGAUGAGCUCAUCGCGCUUCUCGAGCAGGGUCUUGGUCUUGAGAAAAGUCAUAUGGGAAUGUUCACCGCCCUGGGUAUCGCUUUGUCCAAGUACCACCCAGAUCGCGUGAUGGAGCACCUAAAGCUAUUCUGGAGCCGUAUCAACAUCCCAAAGAUGAUCCGUGCUUGCGAGGAGGCGCACCUCUGGCCGGAGUUGGUCUUCCUCUACUGCCAUUACGAUGAGUGGGACAACGCGGCUCUUGCCAUGAUGGAGCGUGCUGCCGAUGCAUGGGAGCAUCACUCUUUCAAGGACAUUAUUGUCAAGGUCGCCAACUUGGAGAUAUACUAUCGGGCACUCAACUUUUACCUCCAGGAGCAGCCCUCGCUCUUGACCGAUCUUCUACAAGCAUUGACACCUAGAAUCGAUGUCAACCGUGUCGUCAAGAUGUUUGAGAAAUCCGACAAUAUCCCUCUCAUCAAACCCUUCCUUCUCAACGUUCAACCACAGAACAAGAGAACUGUUAACAGCGCGAUCAAUGAUCUACUGAUCGAAGAAGAGGACUACAAGACUCUGCGCGAUUCGGUUGAGAACUACGACAAUUAUGACCCUGUCGAGCUGGCACAGCGACUGGAGCGUCACGACCUCGUCUUCUUCCGCCAGAUCGCCGCCAGCAUCUACCGAAAGAACAAGCGCUGGGAGAAGUCGAUCGCACUUUCAAAGCAAGACAAAUUGUUCAAGGAUGCCAUUGAAACUGCCGCCAUUUCGGGCAAGCCAGAUGUUGUUGAGGAGUUGCUAAGAUAUUUCGUCGAUAUCGGCAGCCGCGAAUGUUAUGUUGGCAUGUUGUAUGCUUGUUAUGAGCUGAUUCCUAUUCAUGUUGUGAUGGAGGUUUCAUGGCGUCACGGACUCACGGACUUCACGAUGCCAUUCAUGAUCAACUACUUGGCGCAACAAAGCGCGACGAUUGAGACAUUGAAGAAAGACAAUGAGGAGCGGAAGCUUCGGGAGAAGUCGCAGGAGAAAGAGGAGAGCAAUACCCCAAUCCUCGGAGGAAACCGGCUGAUGAUUACCGCGGGCCCGGCUGCUGGACGUCAAUCCCCUGCUCCUUUCGCUCAGACGAACGGAUUCGCGCCGCAAGCCACCGGCUAUGGUGGGUUCUGA